GCCGCUAUUUCUUCCGCCUUCAGUCUCUGGAUCUUUUGUAGCGCUUCCAACAGCGCUAUGUUGGGACAGAGCAUCCAGAGGUUCACAACCUCUGUGGUUCGUCGGAGCCACUACGAGGAGAGUCCAGGGAAGAAUGUACCAUUUUCAGUGGAAAACAAGUGGAGGUUACUAGCUAUGAUGACUUUGUUCUUUGGGUCUGGAUUUGCUGCACCUUUCUUUAUAGUAAGACACCAAGUGCUUAAAAAGUAAUCCACGAGACAGAUAAGAAGAGGAACAUAUUAAGAGGUGCAAUCUCUUAAAAGGAUCAAACCCUUGAAUUCAGCAUCCUAGAUAUGUUUGUAAAUAAACUUAUGGCAUAAAAA